AUGGAGUCGAUUGACCCAGCUACCGGCCAGCCAUUGCCGGCAGACUCUAUCCAGCGGGUCCUCUUCAUCACCAACACAGUCCAUGUCUACAACAUCCCGCCCAUGGUUGCGGGCAAGGGCCACGUCGCUGCGACUUGGACAGCCGAUGGUAACAAGCGCCAGAUCUUCACCGCACGCUUACGUGUGAUUGAGACUUCCAUCCCGCAGCCUAAUGGCGGCGAGACGCUCAAGACAGACAUCGUCCUGGAGGAUGCCAGCAAUGGCCAGCUCUUUGCUGCAGCCCCCUAUACAACACAAGCUGUGGUCGAGCCGGUAUCUGACAGCUCCAGAUUCUUUGCCCUGAGAGUCCAGGAUGAGGCCGGCAGGAAAGCCUCCCUGGGCAUUGGGUUCGAGGAGAGGAGCGAGGCAUUCGACUUUAGCGUCUCAUUGCAGGAAGCAAGGAAGAGUCUGGGCUGGGAGCAAGGCGGGCCCGCGGGCAAGAAGCCCUCAGCGGAGAGCAAGGACAGCGAAGAGAAGCGGGACUACAGCUUGAAGGAAGGCGAGACUAUCACUGUCAACCUGCCCGGGAGGUUCCAGCGCCGGAGACCAGAUCCCGAACCCGCAUCAGGCGCACCAUUGUCAGCCUUCUCUUUGGCUCCGCCGCCCUCGGCAUCAUCAUCGAGAGGUGGGAUCCUCCCUCCGCCGCCAAGUGCGCAGAGCGUUAAGUCACAGCGAAGAAUCAGCCAGAACAUGCAGAGUUCUGGUCAGCCCUCGGCAGCGGAUCUAGGAUUUGAUGAUGGCAAGUUCGGUGAAUUUGCGUGA